AUGUCCUAUGGUGACGGCGUGAGAGCCGCCAUGGGAAACGGCCCUGCCCAUCUGGGGCACACGGACGUCGACGUCGAUGCCACAAGGGGCAACCGCAGUGCGUGCAUUGCGUAUUGCGUCUCGCGUAUCUGGCUUUCGCUCGCCAAUGGCCAUGGUGUGGGCAUUACCGACACCGAUGGCACGGCGGCGCAUCGAGUAGACACGGAGCCCGCAGGGCAUCGAGAUACAGGAAUGAGGCUACAGCAUCGGCAGGCGCUCCGGACGUGCGCGGGGCUCCGACUGGGAUGCGGAGGCGACUUGCGUGCGGAUGCAGAUAUCGACUACUUAUCUCGAUGCGAUGACGAGCAGCCUACGCAGCGCGCUGCGCGAGUUGGAGAACCGAGAUGGGGCAGGGCAGGAGCACUUGCACAAACGGACGGCUGGCAGAAGAACAAGCCCGAGUCCGCGCGAAUUGGUACCCCGACCGCCAACGCAGCAGAUGGCGAUGGCGGGGAGGGCCGGUCUGUCUGCCCCGUCUUGUUUGCUCUCGACCACGACCACGAGAGCGACGGCUGGAUGAACGCAGGAUGCGCGCGCGCACAGGGUGGUGAGGGGGGAGCGGGCAGCUCGGGGUGGGGAGAGGCGGAGCGACGUGGAGAGAGCGACGGGGCGGGCGGGGGCGACGAUCAGGGCAGGGGUGCAGCUGGAGGAGCGGACGCAGGCGACACGCGCGCAACAGAUCGCAGAGCAGCUGCAGAGCCAAUGGUGGUUCUCUGGUGGCUGCGUCGUCUGCUGAUCCGCGCGCUGUUCUCGUCCGUCGGGCCGUACGCGUUCGCCGGGAGUGAGGGGCGCGCCGCACAUGGCCGGCCGCGGUGUGGGUGGAUGGAAGGGUGGAUAGAGGGUAGGCAAUGGUGGAGACUAGGAGAAGACACGGACUUUGUGUCUGCGGAGGGUCAAGAGCUUCACGAACAAUCGAUGAUGGUUGUCCUGAGAGACACGGGGUCAAUGCUGUAUAUGAUACACGUGGGUGCUUUUCACGCUGCGGGAUCAAGCAGGACCCUCGUUCAGCUUUUCCUAACUUCGAAUAAGCUUUGGCGGGUUAUGUACUCAGGUCCGUUCAUGGUGCCUCAUCACACUGUCAAUGGCCGCAAUGCUGACAAGACAAAACAGUGGAUGAAUCAAGCCAACAACGAGCGUAAGCGCGAAGGCUGCCUUGCGUUGCUCAGAUAUGACGACAUUAUGCCACGGCGGCAACUUGAGACCCGUUGUCACGAUGGUCAAAAGGGUGCAGUAUCUGAUGAUGUAGAACAAGAUCGCACUGCGCCCACGGCCGGCGCACCAAUAGUAUUCGACUUCGUGCUGGAAGGUGAUCAAUCGAUGCAUGGAGGUACUGCGACGUCACCAGACUGGUUGGGCGUGCUUAGUGAGAAUGGUAUGGAACAAAGAGACGGGCGUGCCCGGAAAUUCUAUCGUCCCUGGAGAAGUUACUCAUACGGGCGAUACGCCAUUGCUCCUGUUCCGCCACCGUCACGAGCAGGCUGCGGCGGGGGCAAAUUGAAUCCGCUUUUAGACGGCGCUAGCGUCAAUGUCCGUGGAAAGAGACAAGAGCUGUCCAGGCUGCCCAACUAUGCAUCGAUUAGCCGGCGCAAAGCCCAAGCACUCGUUGAUGAGAGUGUUUGUUCCCGACCGCCCAUCCACAGUCGUGAACAUCGCGAAUAUCGCGAGCAAAACCAGACCACAAAGUACUGGCGAUGGAUCACAUUUAGAGGUUGA